AUGGCGCAAGGCCUUGCUCCUACGCUCCACAUGGCAUUGCUCCUAGGGCUCGGCGUCUUCGUCGCCAUCCUUGCAAGUACUGCACGAGGAGCAUCCGUGGGCGUGUGCUACGGCAUGAGCGGCAACAACCUGCCGCCCGCGAGCACCGCCGUCCACAUGCUCCGCGACAACGGCAUCACCUCCGUGCGCCUCUACGCGCCGGACAGCGCAGCGCUGGCCGCUCUCGGAGGCACCGGCAUCAGCGUCAUGGUCGGCGUACCCAACAACGUCUUCCCCGGCCUGGCCACCAGCGCGCCCGCGGCCGCCGCGUGGGUCGGCGCCAACAUCAAGGCCCACCCGGCCGUCUCAUUCCGGUACCUCGUCGUCGGGAACGAGGUCGCCGGCAGCGACACACGGUACCUGGUCCCGGCCAUGGAGAACAUCCGUAGGGCGCUUGCUGCGGCCGGCCUGGGCGGCGCCAUCAAGGUCACGACGGCGAUAUCGCAGGCCACCAUCGCCGUACACGUCCCACCGUCCGCCGGCGAGUUCACCAACGCGUCCAAGCCGUUCCUGCUCCCCGUGCUGCAGUUCCUGAAGCGCACCGGUGCGCCGCUGCUCGCCAACCUGUACCCGUACUUCCUGUACACCAGCAACCCGCGCAACAUGGACAUCAGCUUCGCUCUGUUCGCGGCGCCGGCGACGGUGGUGCAGGACGGGAAGUACGGUUACCAGAACAUGUUCGACGCGUCGGUGGACGCGGUGCACGCGGCCGGGGAGCGGCUCGGGGUGAGCGGCGUGGACGUGGUGGUGUCGGAGACCGGCUGGCCGUCGGCUGGCGGCAAGGCGGCGUCAGUGCAGAACGCGAGGACGUACAACCAGAACCUGGUGAACCACGUGGGGAAGGGCACGCCGCGGCGGCCGCGGAAGGUGGAGAUGUACGUGUUCGCCAUGUUCAAUGAGAACCUCAAGGAGAACGGCGUGGAGCAGAACUGGGGGCUCUUCUACCCCAACACCAACAGGGUCUAUCCCAUCACCUUCGGCUAA